AUGUUUGACGUCCAACCCUACGCCGUAGCUUACGAUGAACAGGAUAUAAAUUAUGACGAUCAACAACCGACUGGCCAGUCUGCUGAUUGUUCUCAUGACGAAUGGAGAGGACCCAGCACCGGUUUAGAGUCUGUUGCCGGUAAGACGGACGGUCUACUUCGGAACCCCAUGUACAUCGGGAACGUGUUACACCAAAACCCCAUGUACGCUCCAAAUGCUGCACAGCCAAGGGCGGAUGGAGAGUCUGUUGCCGGUAAGACGGAUGGUCUACUUCGGAACCCCAUGUACAUCGGGAACGUGUUACACCAAAACCCCAUGUACGCUCCAAAUGCUGCACAGCCAAGAGCAGAUGGAGAGAACGAAACAAAGACCUUUCAACAAAAGACGAUCGUCUUUCGACUGAAAUGUGAAGAAUCUUCCGAUUGUUCCGAGGUAAGCUCUGUCGCCGUGUCGCCCUGCAACGAAAUAUUCCUAGCUGACACCUACAACAGGCAGGUUCAAGUCUUCAGCAUGAAGGGCGUCUACCUCCGCCGUUUCCCCACCGUCACGUCAGGGGAAAACUCCGAGACGUUGAAACCCCAUGACAUCUCCAUCGACGGGGAGGGCCAUGUGUGGGUAGUUGGGAAUGCGGACAGAAUGUCAGGGUUUAUUGUUCGAUACACUAAACUUGGAAGUCACCUUACAACACUCCGCGCAACGUUCAGCAAUAAUUCUUUCUCCGGCAUGACUGUGGACACACUUCGUAAUCUUGUCGUAGCGACAGAGUACUGGUGGGGUUAUGGGGAAGUCAAGCUUCUGCAUUUCAAUGGUACUGUUGAGCACAAGUUUCGGGUGCAGCAAGGUUCGGGGUACCCCGGGUUGGUCGCUGUGGGACGGGAGGGAAACCUGUUUGUGUCAGACAGUAUGGGAGAUGCACGUGUCCAUGUCUAUAACAACAGGAGUCAGUACCUUUACAGCUUUGGGUGUGACGACAUCGAUGAGGGUCAGGCAGAAAUCGACGAAGUCAUGGGAAUCUGUACAGACGGUUCAGGAAACGUUCUGCUACUCCGGAUAGGCGGGGCGGUAGACAUGUUUACAGAAGACGGGCGGUACGUGCGCCGCGUUGUUACCAGUAGAGCUGGCGGUGUGGCAGUAGCCCCCGGUGGACAACUGGUAGUGACUGAUUUUGACACCA